AUGUCAGAGUCUACUACGGAGGUGCGCCCAGAGCCGCCCAAUCCUGAUGAGAAACCCGGUGACUCUCAGCCGUUCCCAGACGGAGGCUUGCGGGCGUGGUCCGUCGUUUUAGGCGCCUUUUUCGGACUCUUCGUCAGCUUUGGGUGGACAAAUUGUGUCGGCGUGUUCCAAGAAUAUUACGAAACACACCAGCUCGCCUCAUUCUCACCAAGUACGGUAUCUUGGAUUCCAGCGGUCUCCAUGUUCACCAUUUUCCUUGCGGGACCCUUUGUUGGCCAGUUAUUUGAUCAUGAUGGUCCUCGAACUCUCCUGCUACUCGGCAGCAUCGUGCAUGUUCUUGGCCUCAUGAUGGCGUCCAUCUCAUCCAAGUACUACCACUUUCUGCUCUCUCAAUCUAUUUGCAGCCCAAUCGGCGCGGCUAUGGUCCUAUAUCCUUCGUUCGGCUGUAUCACGACAUGGUUCCAAAGGAAACGUGCCCUCGCAAUGGGCAUCGCCGCCAGUGGAUCUAGCCUGGGCGGAGUCGUAAUGCCCAUUAUGGUGAACCAACUGAUACCUACCAUUGGCUUUGGCUGGACAAUGCGAGCAUGUGCAUUUCUGAUGCUCGGCCUUCUCAUCAUAACUAACUUGACCGUUCGAUCACGCCUUCGGCCGCAGCCUAAAAACUUUGGAAUCGCCGCCUUCUUCACAACCUUCAGAGAUCCUCCCUUUCUCCUGCUGGCUCUAGCUGCAUUCUUCUACUUCAUGGGGAUGUUCAUACCAAUAACCUUUAUGGUGACAUAUGGGAGAAGUAGAGGCAUGUCAACGGAGCUGUCUCGGUAUUUAGUUGCCAUGUUUAAUGCCGCAAGCGGCAUCGGCCGCAUCCUGCCGGGAUAUAUAGCGGACAAAGUGGGAAAUUACAACGUGUCUUUCUGUGCGUCUUUGUUGUCAACCAUCUUGGUCUUUGGCGUAUGGCUACCUGGACAUUCCCAUGAGACGGCCAUGGUCUUUGCGGCCAUGUUUGGCCUCAGCACGGGGACCUAUACGGCUAUAAGCCCGGCACUCGUGGCACAAAUAUCGGAUAUACGGGAGAUUGGCCUCAGAUCGGGUGCCAUGUACGGAACUAUGUCUGUAGCCGCUCUGGCGGGGAGCCCGAUCGGAGGUGCUCUUAUCACUGCCGCCGGAGGAGGAUAUUGGAAACUGCAGGUCUUUACUGGAAUCAUGGUUGCCAUUGGAAGUGCCUUUUAUGGUGCCUCCAAACUGUACAUAGCGAAAGGCAAAGUCUGGACCAAGGUUUAG